AUGGGAUUCAAUACUUGGCCAGAUGAUGCUUCUAAACCUUUUCUGGUGGUCCUUAUAGUGAUAAGCGGUCUCUUGAAUCUCCAUCAAGCCACGGGCAUGAAUUGCAACACUAAACUGACCAGUUAGUAGUGGAGGUAUUUUGGGUUUUUCUCGGACUGGCAAUCUAUCUUUUUAAGCUCAUAAUGGCCGAUGCCAAAUUCUUUAUGUUACAUAUGUUAAUAGACUAUCUUUCUCCCUCCUCCAGUAAUACCUGAUGUAGAGAUUUCCAUAAAUCCACCAAGGCACGAACUAUCUGUAGGUACUGCGGUUAACCUGACUUGUACGGCGCAGCCCAGGAGUAUUGAUGCAGGAUAUUACGAUCGAUGGACCGAGUAUAUUCAGUGGUACGAUCCACAGGACAAGCCAACUGGAUACAGAUGUGUACAAGGUAGACACAUGGUGUUAAAACAUAGAUGCACAUUAAUGAUCGAAAAACUAACGGCAGAUCAACUUGGAAGCUACACGUGUGAAGCAGGAAGUGGUUAUCGUGCACACUGCAGGAGAGAAUCAGUCGAAAUUCGUCCUGAAGGUAAAUAACAAAGCGGGACAAAGAUCAUGAAAAAUAUUUGAGUAAGACGGGUCGAGUAAAAAAACCAAGGAAAGAAAAGAAACAACUCUAUCAGCAAUCCAUCACGUCAUGUCAAAAUGAGAUUCUUAAUAUUAGCUUUAAGUUUCUUGGGUGUUGUUAAUGAUCUUUAAGCCACAAAAUUUUAAUUCUUAUAUUUACGGAAUAUUGUAAAAAAAAAAUAUGGCUACAUAAAAUUUGAUGGAAAAUAAAUCGAGAGGACAUUUUCGCUCUUGAUCUCAGUGUCUAAUAACUGAAUGUCUGACCUUUUCUUAUGUAUUACGCAAGCUGUUGACGAUACAACAGAACGAGUGUUAGGGGGGUCUAGACGCCUGUCUUCACUUGAACCAACCCUUAACAACCUUCAAUGUUACAAAUCCUUUAUGUAUCUUUGUUCUCACAAAAAUAAACUUUAACGACUGUCUCACUUUUGUUCUACAGGAGCCCAAAACAUUCAAAUUAUUGAAUAUCCAAAGAACCAGAAAGUGCUUUUAUCAAUUCCAGUGUAA